UCAAGGCUCCCCCGAAAGAAAAGAGAGCCAUAAAAAUCGAUUCUUCAAAGAAGUCGCUCUGCGUGCGAGACUUUUUUCGCGCGGGCGGUGGAGCCUGGCGUUGCUUUUUGCCAGUUUUGCUUGGGGAGCCUCGAAAAGUCUAGAUUGCGUGCACACAACUCCCGCGAGGACGACAAAACAACCAGCAACUAAACAUAAUAAAAAGUAGCCACCCAGCAGGAGGAGAAGGAGCUAACCACGCCCCCGCCCCCCCGCGAGUGGUGCCCGAAUCACCGCACGCCCCACCCACCCGCAUCCUGCACUCCAAGUCCAUCCGAAGCAUCCGCAACAUCCGCAUCCGCGAUGUCAAGUGAUAAGAUCAAAGUCGCCGUAAGGGUGCGACCCUUCAAUCGUCGUGAAAUCGAACUGGGUACAAAAUGUAUCGUGGAAAUGGAAAAACAGCAGACGAUACUGCAGAAUCCCCCACCACUGGAGAAAAUCGAAAGAAAACAACCAAAGACAUUUGCAUUCGAUCACUGUUUUUACUCAUUAAACCCCGAGGACGACAACUUUGCGUCCCAGGAGACAGUGUUCGAUUGCGUGGGACGUGGAAUUCUGGAUAAUGCAUUCCAGGGCUAUAAUGCAUGCAUAUUCGCAUACGGCCAGACAGGCUCUGGCAAGUCCUACACAAUGAUGGGCUCCCAGGAGAGCAAGGGCAUCAUUCCACGGCUGUGCGACAAGCUCUUCUCGGCCAUAGCCAACAAGUCCACGCCGGAGCUGAUGUACAAGGUGGAGGUGUCCUACAUGGAGAUUUACAACGAGAAGGUCCACGAUCUGCUCGACCCCAAGCCGAACAAGCAGUCGCUUAAGGUGCGCGAGCACAAUGUCAUGGGUCCCUACGUCGAUGGACUGUCGCAGCUGGCCGUGACAUCCUACCAGGACAUCGACAACCUCAUGACCGAGGGCAACAAGUCGCGAACAGUGGCGGCCACCAACAUGAACGCCGAGUCGUCGCGCUCCCACGCCGUCUUCUCGGUGGUCCUCACCCAGAUACUCACGGAUCAGGCGACUGGCGUCAGUGGCGAGAAGGUGUCCCGCAUGUCCCUGGUGGAUUUGGCUGGCUCCGAGCGGGCCGUGAAAACGGGAGCCGUUGGCGAUCGCCUCAAGGAAGGUUCCAACAUCAACAAAUCUCUAACAACGCUGGGUCUGGUCAUCUCCAAGCUGGCCGACCAAUCGAAUGGCAAGAAGAGCGGCAACGACAAGUUCGUGCCCUACCGCGACUCCGUUCUCACCUGGCUACUAAAAGAUAACCUGGGCGGCAAUUCCAGAACCGUGAUGGUGGCCACCAUUUCACCCUCGGCGGACAACUACGAGGAGACGCUGUCCACGCUGCGCUACGCGGAUCGGGCCAAGCGCAUUGUGAACCAUGCCGUGGUCAACGAAGAUCCCAACGCGCGCAUCAUUCGCGAGCUGCGGCACGAGGUGGAGACGCUCAGGAGUAUGCUGAAGCAUGCCACUGGGUCGCCGGUGGGCGAUGUGCAGGACAAGCUGGCCGAGAGCGAGAACCUGAUGAAGCAGAUCUCGCAGACCUGGGAGGAGAAACUGGUCAAGACGGAGCGCAUCCAGAACGAGCGGCAGCAGGCGCUCGAGAAGAUGGGCAUCAGUGUGCAGGCCAGUGGCAUCAAGGUGGAGAAGAACAAGUACUACUUGGUCAAUUUGAAUGCCGAUCCGUCCCUCAACGAACUCCUGGUCUACUACCUUAAGGAACGCACACUGAUUGGCGGACGCAGCAUCAGUGGCCAGCAGCCGGAUAUCCAGCUGUCUGGUCUGGGCAUCCAGCCCGAGCACUGUGUGAUCACCAUCGAGGACAGUGGUCUGUACUUGGAGCCUGUGCAGGGGGCCCGUUGCUUUGUCAACGGAUCGGCGGCUGUGGAGAGGAUUCCGCUGCAGAACGGCGAUCGUAUCCUGUGGGGCAACCACCAUUUCUUCCGCGUCAACUCGCCGAAGAGCAACAACGCGAGCAUGUGCGCCUCGGAGCCGCAGACGCCGGCGCAACUGAUUGAUUACAAUUUCGCACGCGAUGAGAUUAUGCAGAACGAGCUGAGCAACGACCCCAUCCAGACGGCCAUUGCUCGGCUGGAGCGGCAGCACGAGGAAGAUAAGCAGGUGGCGCUGGAGAAGCAGCGGCAGGAGUAUGAACGUCAGUUCCAGCAGCUGCGCAACAUUCUCUCGCCCAGCACACCGUAUGCUCCCUAUGCCCCCUACGAUCCUCUGCGCAUGGGCAAGAUAACACCGAAUACUCCUACUUCGCAGAUGCGAGUGGAAAAGUGGGCGCAGGAACGAGACGAGAUGUUCCGGCGCAGUUUGGGUCAGCUGAAGACGGACAUUAUGAGGGCCAAUUCGCUGGUGCAGGAGGCCAACUUUCUGGCCGAGGAGAUGGAGAAGAAAACCAAGUUCUCGGUCACCCUGCAGAUACCGCCGGCCAAUCUGAGUCCCAACAGGCGGCGCGGGGCCUUCGUCAGCGAGCCCGCCAUUCUGGUGAAGCGCACAAACUCCGGCAGUCAGAUCUGGACCAUGGAAAAGCUGGAGAACAAGCUGAUCGACAUGCGCGAGAUGUACCAGGAUCACAAGGAGCGCGUCUUGAACGGACUGCCCCUUAUAGAGCCGUUCUCAGACGACGAGUACGACGACAAGGACGAGGACAGUGCCAAGCCGCAGGAUCCGUUCUACGAGUCGCAGGAGAACCACAAUCUCAUUGGCGUGGCCAAUAUAUUCCUGGAGGUUCUCUUCCACGACGUCAAACUGGACUACCACACGCCGAUCAUCAGUCAGCAGGGCGAGGUGGCCGGUCGCCUGCAGGUGGAGAUCGAGCGCAUUGCCGGACAGAUGCCGCAGGAUCGCAUGUGCGAGUCGGUGUCCGAGUCGUCGGGCGACUCGCGGGAUGAGUACGACGACCCGGUGGAUGCCACAUCCAACCAGAUCACCUGCCGUGUGACCAUCAAGUGUGCCAGUGGCCUACCCUUGUCGCUCUCCAACUUCGUCUUUUGCCAGUACACCUUCUGGGGCCACCAGGAGAUGGUGGUGCCGGUCAUCAAUGCCGAGUCCACGGCCCACGACCAGAACAUGGUCUUCAAGUUCGAGCACACGCAGGACUUUACGGUUACCAUCAACGAGGAGUUCCUCGAGCACUGCAUCGAGGGGGCGCUGUCCAUCGAAGUGUGGGGCCAUCGCAGUGCCGGCUUCUCCAAGACCAAGGGCUGGGAGGUGGAGCAGCAGCAGGCCAAGGCGCGAUCCCUGGUCGAUCGCUGGGCGGAGCUGUCGCGCAAGAUCGAGCUCUGGGUGGAGAUCCACGAGCUGAACGACAACGGCGAGUACUCGCCGGUGGAGGUGACCAACCGCAACGAGGUCCUCACCGGCGGCAUCUACCAGCUACGUCAGGGCCAGCAGCGGCGGGUGAAUGUGCGCGUCAAGCCGGUCCAAAACUCCGGCACCCUGCCCAUCAUCUGCCAGUCGAUCGUGAACGUGGCCAUUGGCAGUGUGACGGUGCGGUCGCGGCUGCAGCGACCGCUGGACUCGUACCAGGAAGAGGAUCUCACAGUGCUGCGGGAGAAGUGGAGCGAGGCGCUGGGUCGCCGGCGUCAGUACCUGGACCAGCAGAUCCAGAUGCUGAUCAAGAAGGAGGAGAAGAACGAGCAGGAGCGCGAGCGCGAGCUGAGCCUGGUGCACCAGUGGGUCUCGCUGACGGAGGAGCGCAACGCGGUGCUGGUGCCGGCGCCCGGCUCGGGUAUUCCCGGUGCACCCGCCUCGUGGGAGCCACCGUCGGGCAUGGAGCCCCAUGUGCCCGUGCUCUUCCUCAACCUGAACGGCGACGAUCUGUCGGCGCAGAACACCAACGACGAGCUCUCCAUUGCCGGCAUCAACUCGAUUCUGUCCAAGGAGCAUGGCCACAAGUUCUACACGCUGCAGAUCCUGCAGCAUCUGGACAAGGACGUGUGCUGUGUGGCCAGCUGGGACUCCUCGAUGCACGACAGCCAGGCCCUGAACCGUGUGACCGAGGCCAACGAGCGUGUGUAUCUCAUUCUGCGCACCACGGUGCGUCUGUCGCAUCCGGCACCCAUGGAUCUGGUGCUGCGCAAGCGGCUGAGCAUAAACAUCAAGAAGGGCCAGACGCUGACCGACCGCCUGAAGAAGUUCCGACUGGUGCGGGGCGAGAAUGCCAUCUGGCAGAGCGGCGUCACCUACGAGGUGGUCUCCAACAUUCCCAAGGCCUCCGAGGAGCUGGAGGAUCGCGAGUCGCUGGCCCAGUUGGCGGCCAGCGGCGAUGAUUGCUCGGCCAGUGACGGCGAAACGUACAUAGAGAAAUACACCCGUGGCGUUUCGGCGGUGGAGAGCAUACUCACACUGGAUCGCCUGCGGCAAAAUGUGGCGGUCAAGGAGCUGGAGACGGCCCAUGGUCAGCCGCUGAGCAUGCGCAAGACCGUCAGUGUGCCGAACUUCUCGCAGGCGGUCAAAGACACCACCAAUACCGGGAGUAUUAUGCGCUUCGAUGCAUCGAUGGAGUCGCUGCUGAAUGUGGGACGAUCCGAGUCCUUUGCCGAUCUCAAUAACAGUGCGCUGGGCAGCAAGUUUACGCCAGCAGGUCACAGUCCAGCUGGAACAGGCGGAGUCAUCCGGAAUCGACAUAGUUUUGGCGGCAAAGGUAGCAGCGAUGAUUCGCCCGGAAAAGCAUUUGGCAUUGGCUCAAUAUCUCUGCUGUCAGGUAAAGGCCAAACCUAUGCCAAAUUAAACUCCGAAGCGCGUCCAACAUUUUUGAAUCUCAAUUUGAACUUGAACACAUUGAGAAUUGCGCCAACGAAACCAUCGCCGGCAACCAGUAAGCUGCUGGGCAUGCGGAUGACCACGCUGCACGAGGAGCCGCUGGGCGGGCAUAGAUCACUGGACGAGGAGCCGGAGGACAGCUACAGCGACUCGGAGUACGCCGCAGAGUACGAACAGGAGCGGCAGCAGAACAAGAGCCUGGCCACGCGCUCCCGCCUCACGGCUUCCAAGACCAUGGACUCGUUCAUGGACGUGAGCAGCCAUUCGAACCAGAGCUACUUGAGCUACACGUCCAGUGCCAACGCGAACAUGAAGCAUCUGACCGGCCUGGCCACGCUGAGCAUGAGCUCCUCCACCAGCAGUGGCUACGGCUCCCAGGCUGUCUCCUGCAACAAUCUGAGCAACGAGGACAUCGCCUCAAUGCGUUCCAUGAGCAUUGACGAGACGCCAGAUUUCGAUAGAGUCAACUCGAAUUCGCCACCGAACCGGCAGGCACGCGUCAAUCCCUUCCUCAAGGACAUGCCCAAAGCCAAAGCACAGGAGCAGCCGAAUCCGCAGGCCAAGAAACUGCAGGAGACCUUCACGCAUCCGCUGGAGCAGCUGGAGUCCCGGGAAAACGCACAAAGCGACGAGGAUGAGCGCGAGCGCGAACAGUUGCCAAAGAAUAACAACAAUAACAACGUGGUGUUGGCCAAGGAGCCGGUACAGAUCGCCGUGCAAGCGGAGCCGGAGGAAGCUGAGCCGCAAAUCGAAUCACAAACAGAGCUUGCCACAGACAAUCAGAACGGCAACAGGUCCUCCUCCGACGAGGUGAGCCACAGUUCCGAGGAGCUGCUCGAGGGCGAUGGCAUCGUCCGGGAGGAGUUGCCCGCCGGCAAGGUGGUGCGACGCAAGAAAUCCCAGAACAACCAGCCUCCGAGUAAUGGCAGCAGCAAUAACAACAACAACAACAAUAACAACAGCAACAGCACAAGUCAGGCACCGCGCAUCAAUCAUCGGGCAUCGGUGGCCAAAAUGGAGGGUCUGGCCGCGUACAUGGACUUCAGCAUCAUGUCCAGCAGCACAGAAGUCGAUGACGAAAGCAAGGAUGUGGAAGUGAUCCUGCCCGAUUGGAUAGUGGUGGGCGAGUCGGUGUUGAUCCGGCCAUACAACACCAGCGGCGUCAUCCGCUUUGUGGGCACCACGGAGUUCCAGCCCGGCGCUUGGAUAGGCGUUGAACUGGACACGCCCACGGGCAAGAACGACGGCAGCGUGAAGGGCAUUCAGUAUUUCCAGUGCAAGCCCAAGCACGGCAUGUUCGUGCGCUCCGAUAAGCUGAUGCUGGACAAGCGCGGCAAGGCGAUGCGAGCCUACAAGGCGGCCGAGAAGAGCAACAGCAUGAGCAAAGAGAUGAGUAGCUCGAUGACUGGCUCGAUGACACGCUCCAAGAGCCGCGGCGAUUCGCUAAACCUCUCGGCGCGCAAAUGAUUGUACCCCAAGUGUUCGCAUCAGCUGCAGCGCUGGACUAAUUGCAGGCAAUCGACGGCGGUGGCCACCACCGGUGCGGCGGGCAGCAGCCAGCCGGCAACCUGCCACAGAUUGCGUGCAACCAGCGGCGCUGCAGAUGCGAACAGUCAUGGCAAGAAAUGCUAUGCCAAUCGACGCUCGACGGCCUUCUAAGGCCGCCACCGCCACCAUUCAGGAUGACAGAUGAGGAGCAACGAACAAUGCGGAGCAUAAUCCACAUGCCAACCAUAUUCUAGCUUACUUAACUAUUCUCACACCAUGCCGCAAAUGAAAUGCCGUACACUUAACCCCCCUCCCCCACGCUUCUCCAAGUAGUUUAAGGCGGUGUCUACAGCAGAACUAAUUACUAAUCUAGCUAAACUAAACUAAACUAAACUAAACGAAACAAAACGAAUCGAAACUAAACUAAGCCGGGCAGUCGUUCGCGUAGUUGCAAUAUACCUCGAACACUUGGGCGAGAUCGUAAAAUUUAGCAACCCUUUCGAUUGAUCUAUGUGUGAAUUAGGAGCACUUCUGAUUCUGAUUCUAAUUCUGAUUCCAUUGUUUUGUGUUCGUGUAGUUAAUUGUCGUUUAUUGCUUUUCGAUUUUUGAACGAAGCGCUUUACUGAUCUAUAUAUAUAUUUUUGUAAUGGUUCUUUGCCUUUAGUUUAGUUCAAUUGUUUUUGAUAUCAAUGUGACUUUAUGAGCUUAUAUUUUUAAUUGUUAUUGACUAUAUUCAAUAUAUAAAAAUCAUUUGUAUAUAUUUAUGAUUAAGACCUUGCAAUAAUUUCUUCUCCAUGUUUCCUUUCCCGAGCUCAUAUUUCGUUUAGCGCAUUUAUAUACAAUUACCAAUACAAUACAAUGUUAGUAAUAAUGAGAGCAACAUAUUCUAUGAAGCUGUGCCCGAGCAAUUGAAGCCUCCCAAGAUGAUCGCAUCUUGGAACUUACUUCCCGAUUAAGACGCUUCGCAGCGGCGCAGUUGAUCUGUAAAUUGUAUUAUUUUGAUGUGAUGUAUUUAUAAUUUCCCUUUAUAUAUGCAUAUAUAUAUAAAUAAAAUUGAUUUUAUCGUAUAUGUACCUCAUUAAUUUUGUUAUGAUUUCUUUUACGUUUUCUCACCCCGUCCAGAAAGUGCAAUAUAAGUGUUAGGAUCUUUAAGUUGUAUUAAUCAAUGUUGAAGGUUGUGCGACUAUGUUUGUGAGGCGUUUUAAGUAACCAUUAAUUGAACACCGAGCCACCAGCUGGUGUUUGUCCAAAAAAGCAAGAAAGCAAUAAUGGCAUUGAGUAUUUAAUUUUAUGUUAAGAUACUUUAAUAAUCGUACACGAAAAGGAUUAAGUGUGAGUGUUGUGGCCCCCAGAAUGAAAAGUGCCGACAGAGCAUGGAAAUGUGAAUGUUUUGAAUCCGGCACCGGCUGACGCGUUCGUUUGUACGUAAAACCGUGAACGUAUCCAUCCAUCCAUCCAACCAACCAACAUCCAAAGCACUCCAAAACUGAGUCUGAGAUAGAUUGCAAUUUAAAACCAGUAACAACAAUAAGAGCGAUUUACACUUAGAAAAACCCAAGAACGAAACUUAAACUGAAAUCCAACAGCAAGAGGCAGUUGGGAGGCGUUGAACAGUGAAAGCCCAACUGGAAGAUCUACAGCCAUUCAUCCAGUGUAUACAAAACAUAAUUAUACACCACUUAUAUAUAUAUUAGGUAUAUAUUUUCGAACUGUUUUUCUACUUGCGUAAAAGCGAAAAGCAACUACCAAAAUAUACUUGAAAAUACGUCCAAAAUUUAAAAUUCAAGGUCAAGAUACAACUACGAUAUUAUACUUAACACUGCAUGGAUAUUCAUGAAUAUAAUUGUAAAAGGCAUAUUUACGAUAAACCUAACUGAAACAGAACUUAUUUAAAUAUCGAGUAUGUGUGUGUGCAAUUUGUAGACGCCGCAUUUGAAAUCGGUUGAGCAUUAUAAUUCAGAAAUUAAUUUAAUCACGUGAAUGUACAUAGUGGGGCACUUAUUACCGGCAAAAUCAGCUAACAAAUUAACGCAUUUAACUAGCGCAAAUAAUUGUCAACUAGAGGUUGAUUGAGUUACGUAACGACGGAACCCCGAUAGAAAAGCGAAAGUUAGCAGCACAUAUUGGGCUUUAUUGUAAAAUAGAUCGAGAAUCCAUAGUUGUAGAACCGAACCACACACACACACACAGAGUGCAUUGCUAAGAAAUCAAGUAGCCGUAGCGAUCGAUUGGAACGCCGACAAAUUAAAUCGUACCUUGACGUUAUACUAAAGAAUUAAUCAUAUUUUUGUGCAAUCUAGUGCAGUACCCACGCAAUCAGUCCCGAAAAUAAAAUACUUUGCCAUUGCAUAUAGCGUAUAGCAUCUAGCCUCUAGCGUAUCGGAAUGUUAGGCACACACAUGUUGCAUAUUAAAUAUUACAUAUAUGGGAUAUAUGAGAUAUAGGAUCGGUAGAUGAUGGCCUUCGAAGCAGUUUACUCGUAAGUUUGCGCACUCUUAGAGCUUUUAGCACGGUCAACGAAUAAAUGUUAUUACACCUCAAUUAUGGCGCGACUCCAUCAGCCGUUAAAUAAACUAACCAAAGAGUUCAGCCACGAGUUAAUGAAUAAACUAAACCCCACGCAUACAUACAUAUGUAUGAUCUAGAUCUGCUUUAUCAUCGUACACAAACAGACAAACAAACGCAUCGUAGCAAAACCAUUGUUGAUGAAUUUGGUUCGGUCGUUCUGUAAGUGCAGAUAAUCCUCACUAGUAGUUGCAAAUACAGAAUAGUGGGUGUCAGCAGCGGAAACCAUACAGAUAAUUUUAGUAAUUUACAAUUGUUUUUACUCCAAUUUAAGUAUUUUACUGCAAACACGCCAGAGAAAUUAAACCACAAAUACACGCGUAAUCAGCAAAUUUGAACAACUUCAACCAAACAAAACAAAAGAGAAUAUGAAAUAUGUACUUAUAUCUAUAAAUACAAAUAUACAAACAUGCAA